AUGCAACUUACCAAGAACGCCAUCUACGCCGCCACUCUUCUGGCCACCAUUGCUGCUGCAGUCCCUAGCCCGGCUGCUGGUGCUGAGAAGUUCUUCCUCUCCAAUGGUGAGAAAUCUGUCAUGGUUGAAAUAGAACCCUCGGCAGCGAACACCGCCAAUGUUUUCCAGGCUUUGGCAGAGGGCGAUAUUGACUGCAAGGGCUCUGCCUUCUGCGAACGACUUGGUUCUAGCUGCGAUGCUGCUAGACGCAAAGUCAUUCCCAGUAACACAUACACGACUAGCCUUGGCUCGGCAGAUACUGGAACUUGUAGUGGAACUUGUGGUCUUUUCGUCAGCGGCGAGAAUUGUCAAGCUUCCGGAGAAGAUUUGAUUAACGCCUACAAUGACAUUCGCAGCAAAGGUCAUUGCACACAUUGCGGACGGAAGCAGAUGGCACGCGGCUGUAUGAUUAAGAUUGACCGGGUGACGGGCUGCUGA